AUGUCAACGGAAAAGAACUAUGAGGGGCCCUGCUUUUUGACUCUGGGACUCACUUCAAAGCUGCAAGGGGCGAUAUUGAUCAACUCAACAAAGCCCAUCGUGUCGUGGCGGGACUACAACCAUUCUCUCCCCGCAGGCCUUCCCAGACUCACUCUUCGAGACACUCAGGGUAAUGUCGCCUUCUCUUUCGCCUUGGAUGUAUUCUACGCAGAGCAGGUUGACCUCCGGAUGAAAAACACCGACGACGACAGGCUCUGGUUCCAUUUCAAAUUCCUCCACCCGCACCAGCACUUCAGUUUCAGAUACGACUUCAACGGCGUCGGCGACUACAUCAGCGCUCUUGCCCUGAGCACGAUAUGGCCUUCGCGCACCUAUCACCUCGAGGUCGGCGAGCCGUAUCAACCUGGAGCAGAAGACAAGCUGCAGCGGGGUAGCUGUCAGGCUGGGGAGAGAGUGCAGGUGACCACAGUGCCCAUCGAGCUGAUCACGCCCAGCUCAAUGUCGAAGAUCCAGUUCCGAUUCCCGAGCAUUCGGGGAGGCUUGUCUUUCUCAUCCUAA